AUGCUUGUCUACUGUAUAUGGGUUUGGUUAUAUUCCUUUGCUGAUGACUACAAACUGGUUCGAGUGGUUACAUUUGCUACUGAAAGGUUUGAAACAGUAGUGAAACUGUAUUCUUUGGGAACCAAUUCCUGGAAACGGAUUGAGGACUUCCCAUACAGUGUUCCCAACAAAUCUGAUGGGAUAUUUGUGAAUGGAGCUCUUCACUGGUUGGUAUAUUUGGAGAAUGAUUUAGUUUGCCCGUAUUUUGUCUCUUAUCUUGAUCUGGCUGAGGAGAAAUAUGGUUGGCUGGAAUUGCCUGAUUAUGAAUCUGGUCAAUCAUUUUGUGAUAUUGGGGUUUUGGGAGGAUGCCUACAUAUGUACCGAUAUGUCAGUGACAUUAUUUUUGAAGUGUGGUCUAUGAGAGAAUACGGAACAACUGAGUCAUGGACUAAAUUUUCCAUCAUUGUCCCACAUAUGACAGGACUUGAAAAUUUUGUUCAUGUGAAGCCUUUGUGUUUAACAGAAAAGGGUCAAAUAAUAUUGAGGAUAGGCAGAAAGAAACUAGUUAUGUACAAUCCAAAAGAAGAAUUGUUCAGGUAUUUACGGUUUCAUGGCUUGUCAGAGAAUUCUGUUGUAGGGACCUAUGUUGAGAGCCUUGUUUCGCCUUACAAUUUCGAUGUUCCUGGGGGGCAGUAUCAUGCAGAAUGGUAG